CUUGCUUUAUAGCCUCUUGAUGGUGAAUCUGGCGCUGAUACUCCAUUCGACCGGCUCGAGAUCCCCGAAUUCGAAGCUGGCGGAGACCCUCCAUCGCCCCAUCCGAUCCCUCACGUUUCCGGAAGAGAGUACCUUAGGCAUAUUCGUCGCGUUGGCCAUACCGCUCGAGGAUCCCUACAAAUCCAUCUCCAUAGCCGAUUUCUUCGAGGCGACGUACGAUCUGCCCACUAACGUAACCGACGAAUACCUCUGGCUCAACGAUGGAAAACGAAGGAAGAGGAGAAGCUUGGACAGGGUCACCCUUUAUCGAGUUAUAGAGAACAAGUUUGACAACUACGGGUAUCAGGGUCACGAAUGCCUGCUGAGGGCCAUUUGCGAAACUUCGGAGCACUCCCUCCUCAGACAUAACGGACUCAUUGGUGACAUUCUGCACGUGAUCUUCACACCGACAAGCUCGCGACACGAACUACUGCCGCAGGACAUUCUUCAGGCUGAAGUGGUCGGACGUAAUGGAAGCUGCUCCGAGUACCGACCGCAAUGCCCCGUGGGACUCUUCGACUUGAUUGGAGUCCUCGGUUGAGCCCAGAAAAACCACCAAGGUGUACCGCCGCUUGCACUCCGAUCGGGUAAACAAUUCGAUUUCACGCUUCCACUUUCACGAGAUACCUCCCU